UUUGAGGCUGCCCAGCUGCGAGAAUGGGCCUGGUUUGAACCUGAAGCCUGCCCAGCGUGGCCAAGCCUCUCGGACCCCAAGGAUCCAGUGGGCCUUGAGGAAGGGACCCAGCCUUGCGCUGGGAAGCCCCCAUCCCUCCCUGGAAGGGAGCCGGCAGCAUGGCCAGUAUUGCUCCAUCCCACCCCAGGCAGAGCGUCUCUGAGCUGGCCGCCACUAACAUUUAAUGAUUAUGGAGUGCCUGCCGAGAGCCGAGAAUCUUGUUCAUUCCUUGGCACCCAGCGCCGGUUGGAAUCUCCCGUCAGGGCUGCCUCCAACUGGUUAAUACGCUUCAUUGAGGCCCUACUCUGUGCCAGGCUGUGACAUGGUCCAGAGCAGGCAGGGUGCCAGCCACACGCAAGAACUAAGCACACGAGAAGAGCUAUUUUAAUUCAUGAGAAGUUCUGUGAAGAAACCAGACGGGGUGGGGAGGAGCCUGGGAGGCGGUGUGGACAGAGAGGUGGGAGACAGAGGAAGGGAGGCAGGGGAGGAGCCCUUGGCAGGACCCCUGUCAGGCCUGGGUCUGGAGGGCUGUGCCUGGGUCGACUGUGGAGGAGAAGGGUCGAGACCAGGCCCCGCGCAGGGAGCCCUGGUCCCAGGUCAGGAGGCCUAGGCCAGCCCCUCUCCUUCUUUGGGCCUUAGUUUCCACCUCUGUAAAUGGGCAGGCGUGGGGUGGGAUCUUUCCCCGCCCCUUGCAGUCUGCAGACUGUGGUCUGCUGUGGUAAGGUGCUGCGGGGCUCAAGCUGAGGAGUCAAGUUCCCUGCCCUCAGGGUAGGGGGGGCUAGGAGGUUGAUCUGCAGGAAGGGCGGUGGGAGCCUCAUUGGGCAGCUUUCUCCCUGCCCUGAGCUCAGAGUGAAGAUGCCAGCCAAAGAGAAUACCCCAUGAAGGCCUGGAGGAGUUGGCAGGGAGGAGACUGGGUGGAGGAGUGGUCUGGAAAGAAGGCUUCUGAGGAGGUGGGCUGGAGGAGGGGCAGCUGGUGAUGGGGAGGGCAGAGUCAGCAGCUACAGCAGAGCUGCAGGAAGUCGCUCUGUCUGGGUUUUCACUGCUGGCUGCUGGCCACACAAGACUGUGCCUCCACACGUGUUGGCGGGCCACCCCGGCAGCGUGGGUGUGUGUGAGUGUGCGUAGCGCAGCGAGCAUGCGGCCUUCCUGCCAGGAUGCUGGGCGUGGGCGCGGGGGACCUCGACCCCUCCAGCCCUGGGGAAGGCCCAGCACUUCCCAGAAAUGACAGGUGUAGGGGGCUGCAGGAGAGGAUGCCUUCACUCCUGGAGGAGCUCUCUCAGUUGUUUCCUGAACAAACUGUCUUAGCAAGCAUGCUGGUUCUCUGGAGGUACUGACAUAUGCGGCCACGAGCACCCCACUUCCCGUCCCAGAAAUUCCCCCAAGCAGCCCAGGGCUGGCGCUGGUGGCAGGGAGCCCGUCACCCUACUCUGCUGUCGUCAGCACGCCCGCCACCUGCCGCCUGCAGGAGUCCGCCCAGCCUGAGGGGCUGGCCCACCUCCAGCCCUGCUUCCCCAUCGCCCUUCUCAGGCAGCCCCUGCAAAGACUUCCAGCUCAGGGGGCAGACAGCUCACCAGCUCACCAGGGAAACUGAGGCUGACUGCACGUCAGUGCCAAGGUGGGGCCAGGGGUCUCCAAUCAGGCUCCAGGACCAUGAACAACAGUACCUGUGGCCCCGGCGAGCUCACCUGGCCCCAGCCAGUCACGAGCAUUUUCUAUACCUACACGGGCCUGGUGCUGGUGCUGGGCCUGCUGCUCAACAGCCUGGCGCUCUGGGUGCUGUGCUGCCGCAUGCAGCAGUGGACGGAGACCCGCGUCUACAUGGCCAACCUGGCCAUGGCCGACCUCUGCCUGCUCUGCACCCUGCCCUUCAUGCUGUACUCCCUGAAGAAUGGCACCACCGACACGCCGCUCUGCCAGCUCUCCCAGGGUAUCUACCUGGCCAACAGGUACAUGAGCAUCAGCCUGAUCAUGGCCAUUGCCGUGGACCGCUACAUGGCCGUGAGGCACCCAAUGCGUGUCCGCGGGCUCCGCUCCCCACGGCAGGCCACGGCCAUGUGCAUGGCGCUCUGGGUGCUGGUGGUUGGCUCCCUGGUGCUUCGCUGGGUCCUGGGGGUGCAGGAAGGUGGCUUCUGCUUCACCAGCCCCUCCAGUCAAAGUUCCAACACCGUGAUCUUCUCGCUGCUGGGCUUCUACCUGCCUCUGGCCGUGCUGGUCUUCUGCUCUCUGCAAGUGGUGACCGCCCUGGGCCGGAGGCCCACUGCUGACUCAGGCCAGGUGGAGGUCACCCAGAAGGCUGCCCGCAUGGUCUGGGCAAACCUGGUUGUGUUUGUGGUCUGCUUCCUGCCCUUGCACGUGGUGCUGACGGUGCGCGUGGCCACCAGCCUGCCCACUUGUGUCAUCCGCCGUGCCCUCUACGUCACCAGUAGGCUCUCGGACGGCAACUGCUGCCUGGACGCCAUCUGCUACUACUACCUAGCCAAGGAGUUCCGGGAGGCGUCGGCGCGGGCCGGGCCGCCCCCUGCCAAGGCCCACAAGAGCCAGGAGUCCCUGUGUGCUACCCUGGCCUAGGAAACAAGCCAUCAGCGCGGUAGCCCAGGCUCUCCGGGAGGUGCUGCUGCUGGGGGAACCUGUGACCAGCAGCAAGGAGCCCCAGGAUCAGCCCUGAACUUGCUGUGGGCUGUGGACACUCUCCAGGAGACCCGGGGGCACAGGGACGACCCAGGCACAGAGACCGGGAAGGCCACACUCCACUCCUGGGAUGGAAGAGGAACGGGGACGAGGUCAAGAGGACUACUGACGCCUGAGCAAGGCCACCACCAGGGCGCCUGGGACGGGCUGCACACCUGCCAGGCCCAGAGCCUGGUGCGCCCGGCCUCUAGGGG